AUGGAGGCAGAAGGGCCACUGGUAACAGCAGCAGAGGAGGCACCAGAAGAAGCAGCAGAUGAAGCACCAGAAGAAGCGGCACUAGAAGCAGCACUGGAAGCGCCAGAAGAAGCGGCACUAGAAGCGGCAGAAGAAGCACCUGAAGAAGCAGCACUGGAGGCAGCAGAAGAAGCAGCACUGGAUGCAGCACUAGAGGCAGCACUGGAAGCAGCACUCGAGGCAGCAGAAGAAGCAGCUGAAGAGGCGGCACUGGAAGCAGCAGAAGAAGCAGCACUGGAUGCAGCAGAUGAAGCGGCGCUGGAAGAAGCAGCACUAGAUGAAACAGCACUGGACGAAGCGGUACAAACCAAACCAGUGCUACUAGCAGAGUUACAGGAAAUAGUAGGGCUCUGGAUAGUAGAAAUUUGA